GCUAAAGCGGACGGCGGCGGAAUUUCAACAAGUUAGACGAUUGCUUCGAAAUACAUGAUUAUGAAUGCGCUUAUUCGUAUCUUUAUUGCUAAGGGGAUAAGGUCGGGUUUUGACGUGUCCGGGGGAUGGUAUAAAGUGGUUGUUUGGAAGGCAGUGGCCCCGCUUGCAGUGCAGACAUUCUUGACGAAUGCUGCCAAAAACCGGGCAGUUUUCACCUCGUUCACGGAACAGUUUAUUGUUUUAUUUGCGCUUUAGUUCCCUACUGGAUUUUUGGGUGGUUUAGUUUUGUGGGGACAUUGUGAAAAAUGAAGACGACGUGCUUUCUGGAUUAGCCUCUAUUUAUUUUAGUUGGUCGCUAUUUUUCAGUUGGUUGGACAAGUUUUGAGGAUUUUAUUUGUUUUGUCUCAUUUUAUUGGAAUUGUUGGACGGACGGAACUUUACCCUAAGGAUACGAAUAGCUAACCUUUACUUACGUUGCGACUCGAAUACGAAUUGGGACAUCUGUAGUCCGAACUAUUACUUAAAAAGUUUGUUCAAGUACAUGAAUAUCUUGUAACUUAGUCGUUCUAUAUAUGUUUCUAUGUCUAAUUGAUCUUUUAAGUCGCAUUUUUGUAAGUAAUUUAUCCAAUUUCGUUUAAAAUAAGGGAGGUAAAGUGCCAGCAACGGAGCAAACCCUACUUUGACUAGUAUAUUUUUAUGAAAUGCGUCUCUUAUCAAACAUUACAUCUUUACAUACAACGUCUCUGUGACUAGUUUUAAAUGCUUGACGGAUGUGCUGACGAUAAUUAUUACAGUUUACACCUCUUAGCUGUUGAGAACAAAAAGCCGUAAACCUGACCUAAUGCUUGACACACUGAUUCAUUGCUGAAUGUCUGGCCAGCGGGUCAUUAAAACUCAGCUGUAUUUGUACUUAGAACUCAGAUGGGAAAUGUCGACCCUAGCGUUUUCAAAAAAUACAUGCAAAGAUGGCGAGCCUAUCAAAUUGCCUGAGAACUUGGAGAGCCUGCCGAGAGCUGAACACUUCGCCGCCCAGAGGCACAGGUGGAACACCAAUGAGGAAAUCGCGGCCAUCCUCAUCAGUUUCGACAAACACAGCGAAUGGCAAUCAAAAGAGGUCAAAAUACGGCCAAAAAGCGGCUCAAUGCUGCUGUACAGUCGCAAGAAAGUCCGUUACAGGAGAGACGGCUACUGCUGGAAGAAGAGAAAAGACGGGAAGACCACCAGAGAAGACCAUAUGAAGCUCAAGGUCCAGGGGACUGAGUGCAUAUACGGCUGUUACGUGCACUCGGCGAUCCUGCCUACUUUCCAUCGGCGGUGUUACUGGUUGUUACAGAAUCCGGAUAUCGUGCUAGUGCACUACCUCAACGUGCCCUACCCCGAUGACAACAAACUGGCGACGGUGGCGCCGAGCUUGGCGCUCUGGGCGGACAAGAAGGAGUGGACGAAGGACGAACUCGUCAGCCAACUGAAGCCCAUGUUCUUCAGCGAAGAUGAUCCAGACAUCAACAGCGACCUGGAAAUUUCAGGCAAAAUGUUUCAGACGGCGGAAACGGUGGAAGCCAUCGUGGGGCAGCUUAUGGAGAAGCAAAGAGCCGCCCGGGCCGCAGCCCUCGCCAGGCAAUUGGAGUGCGGCUGCCCAGAUUCCACUUGCAAUGAUUCCAGAAACUGUGUUCACCCAUUACGUAGAAUCCAAGCCGCAAAACCACCACCUUCCGAUCACCAAGUAUCUUCUACCACUGGUCCCUCUCCACGACCGAUGUCCCACCCUCCAAGGCAGUACACCAGAGAUCAUAGACCCACCCAACAAUCAGCAUCCCCAUUACUCCUAUCAUUAGGCCAAAUCCAAGGUGGUGGUGGGCUUCUUAUAUUAAACGGAACGAGUAACGGCAAUCAACAGAACUCAUCCUUAGUAUCUCCCCUGUCAGUGACGUCAUUUGUUUGUGAAGAACCUAGAGAUAGAUAUAGGCAGCAGUACAAACCUACUUUUGUGUUAAAGAGAGAAAUACCUGAUAGUCAGCCGUCUUCGUGUAUUCGAACUACAGAGACGACAUUUAAAAUAGAAGCUCCAGAUGAAAAGAUAGAUAUUGAUUUUGAUAGAAAGAUUAAAGUGGAGCCGAGAAGUAGGAAUCAAGUGAUCGCCAGUGCGCCAGCGACUCCGUCAAGAUACCCAGAUUUAGUUGAGAGAUUAGAAAGUAAAGUGUUGACGGAAAACUGUGAUGAUACAUUAGUGCUGCUCGGUACGGACGGCAAUUUAGGUUCUAGUGGAUUCUUCGAUGAAACUCUUGAAUUAUCCCAUGAAGAUAUUCAGAAGACUUUGUCGGCUAAUAUGCCAACUUGUGAAUUAGACAGGAACGCUGUCAGGCAUACUGAUACUGCCAAUGUGAUGGUCUCUGGAAUAGACACAAUGGACUUUAUAGACAGUUGUGAAGUUGUAGCGUCACCUACUCAUGGAGUUGAUGAUAAUGUUUUUGUGAAUCUGGACGCAUUUGAUAUGCUAGGAGAUUUCCCUGAACUGGAAGUGCUGGAUCCCAGUUCUAUGUCAACGAAUCCUGUGACUUUAUGUGACAAGUCACCACCAGCGCAGGAGACAAGUGAGAAGAUGCAGACUGAAAAUAGUACAGAAGGGGCACUAAGUAUUACUGACUACUCCCCGGAGUGGGCGUACCCUGAGGGUGGGGCGAAGGUGCUGGUGGCCGGACCCUGGACUGAUACCAAUGAUCAGUACACCGUGCUGUUCGAUAACUUCCCAGUACCCUCGAUACUGGUGCAGACUGGGCUGUUGAGGUGUUACUGUCCUGCUCACGAAGCAGGUCUAGCAGCGCUGCAGGUGGCUCGCGGUGGCCGCGUCGUCUCAGACACAGUGGUGUUUGAGUAUAAAGCAGGUCCAGCGCCCGCUCCAUCAUCACCUGCCUCGGCCCCGCUGCCAUCGUUAGACAUCAGAAGGUUCUCUCUACUGCAGCGCUUGCAGCGGCUGCAAGGUCGCCUGCAAAUGAAGAUCGAACCGAUUGAUGAUAAGAGUCAGAUUGAAGAUGUCCAACUAUACUCGAACCCAAAAUUUGAAGAGCGUCUUGUUGACUUCUGCCACACGCUGAGCGCUCGGUCUACGGGUAAUGCUGAGGGGUUUACUACGGAACCCAAUGAGGAUGGGUCUACGAUCUUACACUUGGCAGCUGCUCUGGGUUAUACGAAGUUGACCACAGUGUUGCUGAGGUGGCGGCAAGAUGACACCAGCCUGGCGUUGGAGAAGGAGGUCAAUUUGGGUGCGAGGGACAGUGAUAAUUGCACGCCGUUGAUGGUAGCGAGUGCGGCGGGCCACGUGGAGACGGCGGUGGUGCUGGCGCGCUGGAGCGCGGGCACGCGGCGCGAGGCGGGCGCGCGCCCCGCCGCCGCCGCCGCGCGCCGCGCCGGCCAUCUGCGCCUCGCCGCGCUGCUCGACAGGAUACACCCGCCGCAGAAGGACGGGGUCUUCCUGAGGCCACACUGUUUAUCCCAAAAGAGCCGAGCGGGCAGUUUGGAGAGCAACCUAGUUAAGAGACCAUCAAUAGACUCUGGAAUCAACAUGGCUGAUGCAUUUAGAUCCAGUUCAGCUAUCGAUACUAAGUCCGAAAGUGGUUCAUCAGCUAGAUGGGAACGAAGCAUGUCGUUGCCAUUAGACUCGGAUAACUCUGAAGACAGUCUCGGAGACUCUAAGAUCGGCAGACGUAUGGACCUGGCUCUCUGGGAGCAGGAUGACCGGGUGUUCACGUUGGCGGAGCAAAUCAUUGCUGCUAUGCCCGACAGGAUAAAGAACGAGAGCUCAUCCCUGCUGUCGGGCUGCGGGCUGGAGGGCGGCAGCGGCGGCGAGGACGUGCUCAUGGUGCCGCUCCUGGACGAGACCACCACUUUCAACAGCGACUUCAGCUUCGAGUUCAGCGACAACACUUACAGGUACUGUGGCGCGUCGACCCCGUCGUCCGGCUCGGUGUCCCCGGGCUCGGCGGCGCUGUCCCCGCCGCCGGCGCCGGGCCCGGCCGCGCCGCCCGCCACGCUCACCGAGUUCCUGCACGCCACCACGCACUUCUCUAACCUCACGCUUAACGACCGCGAGCAAAGGGAAUUGUACUCUGCCGCCAUAACGAUUCAGAAGGCGUACCGGCAGUACCGCGGCCGGCAGCUGCAGCGGCGAGCAGCGGCCGCCGCCAUCACCAUACAGAACUGCUACAGGAGAUACAAACAGUUCGCGUAUUUGAAACAAAUGCACGCGGCGGCUACAGUGAUACAGCGCGGAUACCGUGCGAUGCGCGCGCGCAGGAUGGCUACUACACCUAUCAAGAGGACAUACUCACAAAGGCGUCAAAACCAAGCAGCAAGGAAGAUCCAACAAUUCAUGAGGCAGUCUAAGAUCAAGUUGCAGAACGCACGAGCCGAAAGCGGGAGGGGGGCCCGGCGAUCGCCGGAUGCCCGCCUAAACUCAUUGCAGCGCAUCACCAAUACACCACCCACGCCCAAUAGGAUCGUUGAUUACCUUGCUCCUGAAUCACCAAUGAACGUGGACGACGACCUACUUCUUGAGCUUCUGUUUAAAAUCUGACAACGGCAG